ACUCGCGUUCGAUCUCACCACGUCGUUCGCUAGCCAGCCAUGGCGGUCUUGAUGUCCAGGCGCGGCGGCGCCGGCGCGCUGCUGCUGGCGGUGGCGGUGCUGGCCGGGGUGGCGUCGGCCGGCAACCCGCCGUUCUCGUGCGGACCGUCGGCGCCGGCGGCCGUCCAGAAGGCCGCGUUCUGCAACGCGGCGCUGCCGGCCGAGCAGCGCGCAGCGGACCUGGUGACGAGGCUGACGACGGCGGAGAAGGCGGCGCAGCUCGGGGACCAGGCCGGCGGCGUGCCGCGGCUGGGCGUGCCGGCGUACAAGUGGUGGUCGGAGGCGCUCCAUGGGCUGGCCAUCUCCGGGAAGGGCCUCCACUUCGGCCACGGCCCCGCGCGCUCCGCCACCAGCUUCCCGCAGGUGCUCCACACCGCCGCCGCCUUCGACGACGGCCUCUGGUUCCGCAUCGGCCAGGUGAUCGGCAAAGAGGCCCGGGCAUUCUACAACCUGGGGCAGGCGGAGGGGCUGACGAUGUGGUCCCCCAACGUGAACAUCUUCAGGGACCCGCGGUGGGGCCGCGGCCAGGAGACCCCCGGCGAGGACCCCGCCACGGCGAGCAAGUACGGCGCCGCCUUCGUGAGGGGCCUGCAGGGGACCAACUCGUCGUCGGCGAGCCUCCUCCAGGCCUCCGCCUGCUGCAAGCACAUCACCGCCUACGACAUCGAGGAGUGGAAGGGCGUCUCCCGCUACAACUUCAACGCCCGGGUCACGGCGCAGGACCUGGCCGACACCUUCAACCCGCCCUUCCGCAGCUGCGUCGUCGACGGCAAGGCCAGCUGCGUCAUGUGUGCCUACACCCUCAUCAAUGGCGUCCCCGCCUGCGCCAGCUCCGACCUCCUCACCAAGACCGUCCGCGGCGAAUGGAAGCUGAAUGGGUACACGGCAUCAGACUGCGACGCCGUCGCCAUCCUGCACAUGUCGGAGCACUACACGAGGACGCCGGAGGACGCCGUCGCCGUCGCCCUCAAGGCCGGGCUGGACAUCAACUGCGGCACGUACGUGCAGAAGCACGUGGCGGCGGCGAUCCAGAAGGGGAAGCUGACGGAGAAGGAGGUCGACAAGGCGCUGACGAGCCUCUUCGCCAUCCGGAUGCGGCUCGGCCACUUCGACGGCGACCCGAGGGCCAACAAGGUGUACGGCCGCCUCGGCGCCGCCGACGUCUGCACGCCGGCGCACAGGGCGCUCGCCCUCGAGGCCGCCAAGCGCGGCGUCGUGCUGCUCAAGAACGAGGCCCGCCUGCUCCCGCUCCGCGCGGCGGCCGUCGCCUCCGCCGCCGUGAUCGGCCACAACGCCAACGACAUCCUCGCCCUCCUCGGCAACUACUACGGCCUGCCGUGCGAGACCACCACGCCGCUGCAGGGGAUACAGAAGUACGUCAAGAACGUCAAGUUCGUCGCCGGCUGCAACUCGGCGGCCUGCGACGUCGCCGCCACGGACCAGGCGACCGCGCUGGCCAAGUCGGCGGACUACGUCUUCCUGGUCAUGGGGCUCAGCCAGAAGCAGGAGCAGGAAGGGCUCGACAGGACGAGCCUGCUGCUCCCCGGGAAGCAGCAGAGCCUCAUCACCGCCGUCGCCAGCGCGGCGAAGCGGCCGGUGAUCCUCAUCCUCCUCACCGGCGGCCCGGUGGACGUCACGUUCGCGCAGAACAACCCCAAGAUCGGUGCCAUCCUGUGGGCCGGCUACCCCGGCCAGGCCGGCGGGCAAGCCAUCGCCCAGGUGCUCUUCGGUGACCACAACCCCGGCGGCAGGCUGCCGGUGACGUGGUACCCGGAGGAGUACACCAAGAUCCCCAUGACAGACAUGCGGAUGCGCGCCGACCCGGCCACCGGCUACCCCGGCCGGAGCUACCGCUUCUACCAGGGCAAGGCCGUCUACAAGUUCGGCCACGGCCUCAGCUACUCCAAGUUCUCCCGCCGCCUCGUCUCCGGCGCCGGCAAUCCGUCAUCCUACACGAAGCUACUCGCUGGCAUCAAGACAACAUCUACCCCGGAAGGCGACACCAUCUACCGCGUCGACGAGAUCGGCGCCGACCGGUGCGAGCAGCUGAAGUUCCCGGUGACCGUGGAGGUGCAAAACCAUGGGCCCAUGGACGGCAAGCACUCGGUGCUCAUGUUCGUCCGGUGGGCGAGCACGAAAGGCGGGCGGCCGGCGAGGCAGCUGGUCGCGUUCAGGAGCCAGCACGUCAGGGUCGGGGAGAAGGCGAAGGUGACGAUGGAGAUCAGCCCGUGCGAGCAGCUGAGCAGGGCGAGGGAGGACGGGGAGAAGGUGAUCGACAGAGGGUCGCAUUUCCUCAUGGUCGAGGGGGACGACGAGUUGGAGAUUAGAUUCGAGGCUUGAAUUCUAAUUAAUAGUUAAUUAAUUAUUAAUUAGAUGAGUUGGAAAGGCUACAACUAAUUAAACAUGCUAAGCUAUGCAUAGGGUACAACUCUUUCGUUUUUUUUUUUGUUUCUUUCACAUGAAGCACAUGGAGAUUUUCCGUGAAAUUUUGUACGAGGUUUGAUUUCAAAUUAAGAUGAAUUGGAUUUAAUAUAUGAAUCUUAGUUCAUUUUUCAUAUGUUUCGGUAGUGUAAUUGGAUUU